UGAAUCGCAAGUGAUGUUUUUAUUUUAUUUUUUUAUAUUGUUGAUUAAUCUUUAUUGUAUUUACGAUUUGUUAUCAAGUAAUGACGUAUAUUCUGUUAUGAUAGUUUAUUAGACACGGGUUUCUAUUAUUCAUAUUAAUAUUAGUAAUUAAACCAGUGACGAUCUGCGCUUUGACCUAACUACCUGCAUUUUAAAGACAGCUAUAUUCACUAUCAUAAAUAUAGAUACACAAAUAAUUAUGGUAACAUUUGAGAAUUAUUUACAAGUAGUAAAUCAUAAAAACUGGAAAGCAAAACUUUAUUCAAUUAUUUUAGCUAUAUUUGUACUCAUAUUUUAUUGUUUGAAGUCAAAUACUCGAAUUUCACACGAAUCGGAUACUAAACAUGUCACGCGCGUUUUAUUGUCAAUCAACAAAACGAAAAAUCAGAAGGAAAAAUCACUUUUUGAAGAGAUUUUCAUUUUCGAGGAACGCUUUUAUACCAUAUUGUGUACUUCCGUUGUAGCUUUGUACUUGUUUUUAUUUUUAGGGGUAGUAUGCAAUCGUUAUUUGGUGCCAAGCAUUCAUAUAAUUUCUCACAGGAUGAAGUUGAGUCAGGAUGUUGCGGGAGCGUCUGUAAUGGCUGCAGCAGUAGCAUGUCCCGAACUAUUCGUCAAUAUAUUAGCUACUUUCUUUACAGAAGGUGAUGUCGGAAUCGGCACUGUAGUCGGCACUGGCUUAUUUAAUAUACUCUUAGUUCCUGGACUUUGUGUACUUAUGGCUGAUCAAGAGUUCAUACACUUGGAAAAUUGGCCGAUCACACGUGAUGUAUCUAUGUAUCUUUUAACUAUAUCAUUAUUAGUUUGGUCAUUGGCUGAUAACAAGGUUUAUGCUUACGAAGCGUUCAUAUUAAUUAUAGUUUACAUGGUAUACUUAUUAAUUCUCUCUUAUAGCUCAUAUUUUGAAAAAAUAUUUAAAUAUAUUUCUCAACAAAAGAACAAAGUUUUUGACGAUUGCAGUGAAAGUCAGCCGAUACUUCCUCUAAAUGGAGUUGCAGAGAAUGGAUUUAUAGUGCAGGAGCAUAUUAUUUUACCCAAAUGGAAGGACAGAAUUCGUGAUAAACUAUUAAAUUUCAAAGAAUUAUUAGUAUGGCCUAUAGUCCUAAUUUUAAAAGUGACUGUUCCUAGUUGUGAUAGUCUAGAUAGAGUUUUUUGGAUACCUAUUACCAUGUUUAUGUGUAUAUUUUGGAUUGGAUGUGGAUCAUUUUUCAUUGUGGAAUUGAUUACAAUUAUAGGAAAUGAAUUCUCAAUUCCUGAUUCAGUUAUGGGCAUUACGCUAUUAGCAAUUGGUAUGAGUGUACCCGAAAUGGUGUCCAGUAUAGCAGUUGCAAGACAAGGACAAGGUACUAUGGCUUUAUGUACCGCACUAAGUUCAUCGACAUUUGAUGUUUUAAUUUGUUUGGGUGUUCCGUGGUUUAUAAAAGCCAUGUGGUUCAAUAAGGAUAACACGAGCGCAUCCAUAAAUGUUCACUCGAGAAGUCUUGACGAUAGCGCGAUAGCUGUAAUGUUAUGUACAAUUGGUUUUAUGAUGUUGAUGUGCGCCAAAACAUUUGUAUUAACUAAAAAAUCAGGUGGAUUUCUUGUUUUCACAUGGUUAUUCAUUUGUUCAGCCAUGGUGUACAAUGAAUAUGCAACGCACUGAGAACAAUUCGUGUAGCUUAAUUGCUCAAUCAUUUUGAGUGAGUUGAUGAACGAUGGCGUGUAAAUGGUUGAUGCCAUCGUUGAAACGAACUGCGGAUUAUUGAUUUUGUUUUUGAAGACUGAAAUAUCAGUACCUAUCUUUGAUUAUAUGUUAGAAAGACAGACCUGUGUUAUCUUGUAAAAAUAUUUAAGACAAUUUUGAUGUCUGGUAUAAAUAGGUACCUAUUAUAGUAUAAUAAGAUCGUGUAUGUUAUUAAAUAAUAUAUUAUAAUAAUGUGCUGUGAUUAUAUUAUAGAUAUUUAUGUGUUAGUUAAAACUAUUGAAAGAAACUUCGAUUAAAUAUAACGGCUAUAUUAUAGCCUAAAAUGUAUUAUGUACCUAGGUUCAUAUUAUAUAUUACAUUUUCUUUUAUUAUUUUUAAUAUUGAAAUUAUAAUUUUAUGUAUAACAUUUUUUAUUUUGUAAAUAAUUUAAAAUUAGAAAAUUAGUUUUAAUUUAAGUGAUAAUAAUAAAGUAUAUAGGUUAUAUAUAAAUUAAAUAAUACAUAAAUUUUAUUGAAAAUACUCAGGUGUAGUUAGUUAUAGAUAUAAAAUUAAGUAAUUAGACCAGACUGAAUUAGCUAUCAUUAAAUACGCGAUAUUUAAUACACAUUUUGUUGUAUAUUUUAACUUAAUUUAAAACAAUAUAAAAAUUAAUGAAAAAUCAAUUGACCUUCACUGUAAUUAACACUUUAAGUAUCUGUAAAAUGCGUACCACUUUUCCUCUUCCCGCCCAAUUUUUUUUUUUUUUAGAUUCAAUAAUCCGUUCGAUACUUAUAGAAUAAUUUGUCAAUAUUAAUAAUAAUUAAUUUUGUUAUCAAAUAUUAAUAAAUAACAACCUAUAUUUUAUUAUUUUUAAGUUUUAAAUUUUGUUAAUUUUAAGAAAUUAUCUCUAUUAAUUAUGUGUUUUGUACUGAAUUUUUUUAUUUGGUAACAAUUACCUGUUUCGAAUAAAUAAUUACUUAUAUUGUGCGACAAGCAACUAUAAUUUAACUAACGAUUUAUAAGUAUCCCUAAAUUAUACACAUUAUUUUGAUUA